AUGGACGGGUCUCCUGCCCUGCUCCUCCUGCUCGCUCUGGGACUCUGCUGCCCUGGGAUCCGUGGCCGGAUGUAUCAGAUGAAGGUCAGGUUUCGUGACAGCAUCACCCAGCUCCGGGUGGGACAGCGGCUGGAACUGGAGUGUCAGACUGACGGGGAUAGAGGAGCAUUCUGGGUCCGCCAGGACAGCAGUGGGACCCUUCACUUCAUUGUCUUCAUCUCUUCUGUGUCCCGAGUCACCUUCAAGGGGAGUCAAAGACAAUCCACACGCUUCGAGGCCGGCAGAGACAACAGGUUCUAUCGGUUGGUAGUGAAGUCUUUCACACAGCAGGAUGAGGGGAUUUAUUUCUGCCUCAUGAACAUCAACCAAAUGCUGUACUUCAGCAAUGGCCAGCCUGCCUUUCUACCAGUCAGCACCACACCAGGACCCUCCACUCAGCCUCGUAUCAGUGGAAAUGACUCCUACAUCCAGACCCCGGAUCCAGAGUCCAGCACGGAGAAGGAGCUGAAGUUCUCCUGUGAUGGUGUCAUCGGGGUUCCCUCGGCAGGCGCCUGCCUCCUGCUCCUCACCGCCCUGGCCAUCACCAUCCUGCAGUGUCGAAGUAAGACUCACCACAAAACCGGAAGACAGAAGGCGCAGGUGUGA